UCUAACAUGCUGCUUCCGGUUUUACAUUUGUUAGUAUUACAGCAGUUCUAGAAUACUCCCGUGUUUUCGGCGAGUUGCUGAGUAAAAUUCUGUCAAGUUAAUUAACAAACUAUCCAAGAUACAAACAUGGCAAAGUGGGGAGAAGGAGAUCCUAGAUGGAUUGUAGAAGAUCGCCCUGAUGCUACGAACGUAAAUAAUUGGCACUGGGUAGAAAAGAAUGCCACAAACUGGUCGAAAGAGAAACUCAAGGAAUUGCUGAAGGGGCUCAAAGUUGAGCAUGAGAAAGGAACAUGCGAGAUCAAAGAAAUUAACAGCAUUGAAGGAGAAGCCAGUGCAAACAACAGGAAAGCAAAGCUCAUUUUCUUCUAUGAAUUUGAAAUAAAAGGAGAAUGGUCAGGCAUUCUGAAUGACGAUGUCAAGUCAUACAAAGGAAAAUUUGUUAUACCCAACUUGAGUGAGGAGAAUGAGCCAAAUGAAAUUGAUGUGAAUGUGACGGCAGAUAAAAGUUGUGAUGAAGCACAUAAGCUGAAGGAUAUUUUUAGAGUUGAGGGAGCAAACUUGAUAAGAGAGCGUUUGGCUAAAUACAUAGAGGAUCUAAGAUUGGAGUACAGUCAGAACAUCAUCCUACCCACCAAAGGCAGUGAGCAGAGCACAAGUCAGGCGAAAGCUCCUAGCAGUGGGGAGAAUAAGUCGAAGCAGGAGAUGAACAAGUUUGUCACAACAGAAAAACCAGUAGGAGUUGGUGUUCGCAUCACAACUAAAACGCUGACUAUGACAGAAUCGUUUCACUGCCAGCCAUCUGAUCUGUACCGAGCGCUGACUCUCCGGCCAAUGGUGGAGGCCUACAUGGGGAGUGACAUCGUGUUUGAACCAGCCAAGGGUGAGCGAUUCUCUCUGGCUGGAGGAAACAUUGUGGGCCAGUUUGUGGAUUUGGUCCCAGACCAGAAGAUUGUCCAGCAGUGGCGGGUCAAGUCCUGGCCCGAUGAGCACUACUCUGAGGUGACCAUUGAGCUGAAAGAUAAGGACGGCUCCACGCAGCUAUCCCUGAAGCAGACGGGCGUCCCUGACCUGGAACUGGACAAGACGAGAGACGGCUGGAAGGUCAAUUACUGGGAUCGAAUGCGACAGAUAUUUGGAUUUGGGGGGCGACUUUUUUGACAGCUAAACACGCUUUUGAGUAGGUUAUUAUACACAUCACCAUCCAGGCUUGUAUUUAUAUUUUGUUUUUUCAUGAAUCAUCCUUUCAUCUUGAGCGAGUACAUGUUAAAUAAUGUUGAAUGGUGUAUUGCUAGAGCAUGAUAUGUGUGUGGUUCUUCAUGAUUUGUGGAAAUGCCAAGGAUUCUUAGACGCUAAUGUUGUUGUGCAGGUAUUUUUUAAAAUAAAAAGUGAUAGAAAUGACUGAUUGAUGUGGAAUGAGUAGGGAAGGUGUUUCUUGCUUCUUAGCAGAGAGAGACCUACCCAUUCCUCAAGGUUGGUGGAGAUGGAGCUGUUCUCUGGCUAAUAAGCAACACACUGCUUGUAUUAUUGAAUGCCAUUCUGCCUGCCUCCCCCUCCCCCACGCCAUAGUUACUGAUGAUUGAGGAUGCUGUUUAUAUUGAAUACCCCUGUCUGCCAACACUCCCCCCCCUCCCCUCUCACCUCCAAAUUACCUCUAGUAGUUAGAAGUCUAGACCAAUAUCAGGGAUCUCCAGACAAAAACUUCUGAAUGUGCCCUAGUCCAAUGUGUACCUGCCCUGAGCACUUCCACAUUCUACACAUUUUCUAGGGCUUUAUUCCCUAGAUUGGUCGAAAACACACAAAAUGUACGCACAAUUGUACAAACACACGCACUCACACACAUUCACAGAUGCAUGUUCAACAACAUGCAUACACUGGUUCUCUCAAGCUGCCUUGUAUUAGGAGUCUUUUUUACAACAAAAGACCAUAUGUAAGCCUAUGCCUUUUGUGUUCGUAGAAUUUUUUUCUUUUGCUGAAAGCAUCUUUAAAUGGGGCUCAAAAAGUUAUUCUAUCCCUCUUUAGACUUUAAAGACAGAAAUGCUUUUCAAUAUGUCCUCUUUUUUUAUUACUCAGACAUUGUGUCCCUAUCCAUGGAUGAAGGAAGUCGAAUCUUGUCUUUAAGGAUGUGAUUUUAUUGUGUUAUUAUAUAGAAUGGGUUUUUUUAGUUGUUGUUUUUUUUCUCAUACUGCAACAUGUUUUUGAAUAAACUGAUGAAAAAACACUUUC